AUGAGUGGUGCUGAAGCCAUUCAUUCUGACGGUUUAGUACAAGGUGAGUGUACUAUCAACGGUGUUUCUUUGAGGGUAUUGUAUGAUUCGGGGGCAACACAUUCUUUUAUCUCCAAAAAUUGUGUAAGACAGUUGAAACUGCCUAUUUCGUCUAUGAUCGGUGAUCUUAUCGUUUCUACCCCUGCUGGUUCCUCUAUUACCACCUCACUUGUUUGUCGUGAUUGUCAUCUUUUGUUAGAAGGUCAGGAAUUCUUUGUUAACUUGAUUUGUCUACCUCUCUCUGACUUGGAUGUCAUUCUAGGUAUGGAUUGGCUUUCUGCCAACCAUGUCAUGAUAGAUUGUCCAAAUAAGAAGCUAGUUUUUGACUCAUAUAAUGUUGAAAUGACAAAGGAUGAAACUCGAGGAAGUCAAGGCGCUUAG